AUGUACAUCAAGAGGUUGUCAGAAAACAGUCACGAAACGGGAAGGCCGAAGUCGCUUGAGUUUCUUCGCAAACCGCAGCGGGUGUCACAGCCUAAGAUGCUGUAUCCAGAUGAAUCGCUCAAGCGCAACACGGACAUGAACCGUGGGAAGGUGUCGGUAGAAGAGGAGCUACGCGAGCACAACAAUGAAAACGCUUUAAACGACGAUGGGGAUGGGCCAUUAGACGGCGCGACCGCGCCACCACCCUUAGAUACGUCGAUGGAGACAAGCAUUGACCCUGGCGCAGGUCUUCAGUCGUACUUCCCGACGUACCACGAAACAGAUAUGCCGUUGGUGCGCAAGAAAUCUGGCGAAAUAGUGCGUCCCAGCCUGAAGGGCGGUCACCACCAGCGGUCCAAGUCGUUGCCAACCACACCAAGUGACCGUGAGCUCAAUCGUAGCCUCUACGGACCGCCACUACGUCCCAAGCGCAGCAAGAGUGUGCAUUUCGACCAGCGCGACGUGGUCACCGUCAAAUACUUUUGGAAAGACGACUCUCCGCUAGAUGUGGCCUCGCAAGAUGCACAAGAGGACCGUCUUGACCUACGUACCAACAAACCAUCUCCGUACGACCUUUGGUUGCGCGCGGAGAACAGCGUGCAAGACGACGACGCUAGCGACAGCGACAUCAUGAAUAAUCGCGAGCGCUCGCCCGUGGACCUUACCAUGGCUCUUGCCGACAUGCGUCUCGAGAAGCGGCCGCACUCGGGACUACGUCGCAGCAAGCGCUACCAGAAACACAAAUCCCACGCUCCGGGAAACGGCAAAUCCGCGACUGCUGGCGCGUCAGAUAACGGCGCGGGGCGGGGCCUCCAGGCAGACCAGCUGGGUCCUGGUCUACAUAAUGAAAACUUUGGCAUCUUGACGACGACCAAUCGUAUGAGCCUGAAGCUCAAUAUUUUCCUCAACAUUGCUCAUCAUCGCCAGUGUUUCCUGCAGGAAAUCACGUUGCUAGGCAACCAGCAGUACCUCGUGGGCAAGGUGCUGGUGAAAAACAUUUUCUACGACAAGAAAGUGGUGGUUCGAUACAGUUGGAAUCGCUGGCGCACGGCCCACGAUAUCGAAAGCGUGUGGGUCAGCAGCGGCGACGACGUGCUUCCGGGCAUGAACAUGGACAAAUUUCAGUUUGUUAUAGACGUGACGCCCUCGAUAGCCCAUGGCCACACCAACGGCCACAGUCACGGGCUGAUACACACCCAGUCCAACGGCCAGUCCAACCAUUACAUACAAGACGCCUACAAGAACGGAGGAUGCGUGUCGCAGCACCUCGAAUUUUGCAUCCAGUACACGUCGCGGAGCGAGCGCGAACGCGUCGAGUACUGGGACAACAACGGCGGGCGCAAUUACGCGCUGGACGUGGUUUCGAUGCCGCGCAUGGGGUUCAUCGACCCAUUCGGAGACCAGGACUCGGAGCAGGAGUGA